AUGGAUGAACAAGGCAGACAACAAGACCAGAGACUACUGGGCGAACGAGAUCGAAAUCAGAACCAAGAUCAAGAUCAGAGUCAGAGUCAAAAUGGAGCUCGGUUUGUCCGACCCACUUCAGCUAGGUACACUGAAAAUGUUGACAAUAUGCAAGGGCAGCAAACUGGACAACAGGGGCGACACGAACAGCAACAACAACAACAGCAACAACAACAGCAACAACAACAGCAACAACAACAGCAACAACAACAACAGCAACAGCAACAACAACAACAGCAACAACAACAGCAACAACAACAACAGCAACAACAACAGCAACAACAACAACAGCAACAACGACAGCAACAACGACAACAACAACGACAACAACAACGACAACAGCACUCAACGGCGACUAAUUCACAUUCAAACACACAGUCCACCUCUAGAAUAGCUAGUUCAGAACAAGGAGGAAAUGAUAUUAACAACAAUAAUACUACUAAUACCAAUACUACUACUGGCACUCUGCCACAUACUGCAACUAUCAUCACUGUCGAUUAUGUUUACUCUGACCAGAAUCGGCCGGAUAACCCAAACCGAACCGGCUCAUUGGUGCUAUCAUUGCCAGCAACAGUUAUAGGAAGUGGCAACUCGGUGUCGAUCCAAGAAAUGAUCUCGAUGGCCACGCAGAUGGCGUAUUCUUUGAUCUUAUCGCAUGUCAAGAAAAAGAAAGGAAUCACAUUGUCCAAAUUUCAAGGAUACGAAAAAGUGAGGUUGUCUGAUAUUUUACCGGGUUCAAGAACUUGCUCCAUAUGCUUGGAAGAGUUAUCCCCAUUAGAAGAAGAAACCAAGAUUGAUGUAGCUCGCGAGAAAGAAAGAGCAAAAGCAAAAGCAAAAGCAGCAGAAAUUGACUAUGACGAUGAUCAUGAAGACGAAGCAGUUAGCAGUGUUUAUGGAGACAACAUCAUUACAAGCAAGAAAAGAAGACUCUUGGAUAAGACUAAUAAACUUAUAAGGAGGUUUUCUAGAUCAAAAACCGAGACAGUGGAAGAGGCACGGAACCAGCAGGAGCAACCUCAAGAUCAGCGUCAACGACCACAGAGAAGUGGAUUGGUAUCUGAUGAUUCUAGUCCCUCAACGCCGUUUUCCACGGGUCCAGAUAUUGCAUUUACACCACCAACUGCUGAACCGAUCGAGUCACCUCAGUUAGCCCCUGUAGAAGAUUCUCUGGCAAGUUCAACUUCUGAAACAACCAAUGAAUCGAAUGCUGCGUCAAAUAUGGAUUCAAACGCCACUGCCGGAGCAAAUGCAUCUGAAACAGACUCAUCUCGACCUGUGUAUUUGAGUGACUAUACUGGUCUGUUUCUUCAUAUCCCUAUUAAAUUGCCAUGUAGCCAUAUUUUUGGCCAAGAUUGUCUUUUUGAGUGGCUAAAGGAGAACUCAACGUGUCCGUUAUGUAGAGAAUCACUUGCGGAUCCCGAAGGCGAAGCAAAUGGUGCAUCCGCAAGAGCAAGAGCAGGAGCAAAUGGUAAUGAUAAUAAUAAUAAUAAUAAUAAUGAUGAUGAUGAUGAUUCUGGCCCCACCAUGCCAACUAGUCAACAAAGGACGAUAAACGGUCAUACUUUUACUAUCUUUACCUUGCCCACACGCAACACUUCAUCUACAACAUCACCUGCAGGUGGUCCUGCUAAUGCUUCAACAACCCCAACAACUCCAACGGCAUCUACGACAUCUCCAAUAGAGUCUUCAUUAUUUGGGCCAUUCGGGCCAUUUGGACCAUUUGGAUCAUUUGGUGCUUCUGUGCCUGCUCAACGAAACGGGGAGCCAAUGGAACCGACAGCAUCUUUUAAUGCAGCGUCUUCUUUUAAUACCAGAGCAGCAAAUACAAAUACAAAUACAUCAGAGGAAACUCGAAACAGUGCCACAACACUUAAUAGCGAGGACUCAACCUCUGCUAGAGAAUCGUAUCGUUCGUUUGCUCGUCAGUUUCGAAGGUUUAUGCGUACAGGUGGUGUUGAACCGGGUCAACGAUUUGUAAUAGACCAUGCUGGAGUGGCCAGGAGGAUUAAUUCACCUGCUUCUAGUGUACAACCAACAUUAGCAUCUGAUCGUGUUCCCCAUAGCUCUAGCGAUUCAGGUAAUGCGGACAAUUCUGUUUCGAAUUCUAACGGGUUGCUGUCGCUGCAGCUGCAGCUGCAGUUGCUGCUGCAACAAAAUUCAAACUCUCCCUCAGCUCAGCCGCAAAUGGAUUUCAAUACAUUUUCAAGAGCUGCUCAGAGUUUGAUGCUGUUGAUGGACGAUGGUGACGAGAAUCGAGGUGCAAAUAAUGGCGCAAGUGGUGAAACUGGGCUUGAGAGUGGAAGCGAUGCCAAUACUGCCGGUGCUAACAGUGGUGCCAAUCCCGAGCAAUUACCUGGUUACUUUGAGAUUAUGGAUCGAUUAAUGAGUCAGCGACAAGAGCUGCACGAGAAUUCAGAGUCAAGAGUUGGACACGGGUCGCGAGACAAUGAAGAGCUGGAGUUGGAGGUGGAGGCGGAGGACGACAACGAGCGUUCCAAUCUACAUCCUUUAGGUGGUUUGGACCCAGUUUUAGUGAAUGAGUUUUUUCCGAAUGCUUCGUUGAGACAAGAUCGACAAGUACAAAAUUCCGAAAGUGGAGAUACCAAUGCUAGUGCCAGUGCCAGUGCCAGUGCCAGUGCCAAUGCUUCUUCAAGUCGAAAUGGUCGGGCAAGUAGUGGUAUUUUGCAAUUUCUCUCUCAAUGGGCUAGAAGAAGACCACAUAAUGAGUAG